AUUUUAAGCAGCAAAAGUGAGGUGCAUGUCUGUGUGCGUGCCAUUGGGUGCAGUCACUAUAGCAACCAGGCUCACACCUGCCUGCUUAACGAGCUCUCUCUCACUCUGCCAAGGUUAAACCUAAAAAUGUCUGCUGCAUCUAAGCAGUUGUAGUAAGAUUAACUUUUUCAAUAGGUACAAUAAGACAGUUUUGACAGGGGUCAGUAGUUAGUAUAUGCCAACUAAGUAGAGCAUUGUGAUUGGCACAUAGGUUUUUCAGAUCUGGGCAGUUGGAGUCAGUUGAUGACUUUAAAAUCAUCCUUUCUGACUGGAUAAUUAAAGCUUACAGCAUCUACCUGUCUGUAGUUGAUUUUCCCACAUUUUAACUAACGUUUAACUAAUCUAAUCUCCUUUAUUGUCUGUGUUUAUAGUCUGUAUAGUUUAUCUCCCCACUAACAAACUUAAAGUAGUCUUAAAAUAAAACCCACAAAACAGUUCAAAAUGAAAUACUUUUUAUUUGCUCAUGUAAUGCCAGUUGCCAUAUUUUUCUGUAUGUCACUCAUUCGCUUAUACAAAAAGUACCAAUUUGUACACUAGUCUAGUGGAUUUUUUCCCUCUAUCUCUCUAUGUCUCUUACACACAGAGACUAACACAGACAUGUAUAUGCUCAUUAUUGCUGUUCAAACUGAUGUUCAAAUUUCCAAGCACCACCUGAACGCCUCAUUUAUUUUUAACCCAUCACUGGACCAACUGUCAUCAUUCCGCUUUGCUCUCUGCUGUGGAACUUGACUGACAUCUGUGCUUUGCCUGUGUGCAGAAGAACAAGGACCAGAUCUCCAGUCUUCUCUGUCACAUCCCAACCCCCCAUCCCCUCUAUCCUCUGUCCUGCUCCACCUGUUGUCUCUGCCUUCUUUCCAUCUGUAUUUCACCCUGUGGUUUGUGAGAAAUUUUGCCAAACCAAGAAUCUUAUUGCGGUUUGAUUUCAAAACCGUGUCUCUCCUGCUCUGUCUGUUCUCUCUGCUAAAUUUUCUCUCUACCUGUUUUUCACUCUUUGGCUUGCUGCUGAGAAAUGCACAAGCCAAUAAAGCAAUAAAGAGUGCAUAUUUUGCCUCAACCUUUGAACAAACUGAACAAACAAAGAAAACUCUACGGUUUGAUUUCAAAACCGUGUCUUUCCUGCUCUCUCUGUUCUCUCUGCUAAAUUUUCUCUCUACCUGUUUUUCACUCUUUGGCUUGCUGCUGAGAAAUGCACAAGCCAAUAAAGCAAUAAAGAGUGCAUAUUUUGCCUCAACCUUUGAACAAACUGAACAAAGAAAACUCUGCGGUUUGAUUUCCAAGCCGUGUCUCUCCUGCUCUGCCUGUUCUCUCUGCUAAAUUUUCUCUCUACCUGUUUUUCACUCUUGGCUUGCUGCUGAAAAAUGCCAAGCCAUUAAAGCAAUAAAGAGUGCAUAUUGCCUCUACCUGAGAACAAACUGAACAAAUAAAGAAAACUCUAAUUCACGGUUUGAUUGUCAUUUCCCAGCCGUGUCUCUCCUGCUCUGUCUAUUCUCUCUUCUAAAUUUUCUCUCUACCUGUUUUUCAUUCUGGGCUUGCUGCUAAGUUGUGCCAAGCCAAUAAAGAGAGUACAUAAUAUUCUCUCGACUGACAAACUGUCAAACAAACAAAGACAUUGUUUCUGAGAAAUAAAAACUGAAAUAUAAAGACAAAGAAAACAUCUCCUGCUGUGUGCCACUCUUGUUUUUUGAAUACAUUUUCUAAAGACUAACAGAAACACUUAAAGGUGUGUAAAAAUGCCAAAAAAGCAGAAAAAGUCACAAGCUGCAAAACAACGCUGGAAGAAGUUCCAUGAGUUUCACAAAGUACCAACAUGUGAACAAACUGAGUGUGAUUCUCCUCAGAGCUCUGCAGAAGACCGUGUGUCUGCAAAGACCAAUGCUGAUGGUGUCAAACAGGCAGGUCGACAUGUUCCUGCACAUGUAAAACAGGUAUCCUAUGCAGAUGCUGUAAAGACUGGAUUGCAGCAUGCAUUUAAUGAACAUCAGGUAAACCAUAGAGACCAACCUGAGGUGUCAAGUGCCCCGCAGGUGGGUUAUGCUGAUAUUGUGAAAAGAGGCCAUCACAGUGAUGUGGCAGGGCCAUCUCAUGCAGAAAGAGUGAACCUUGAAAACCAGCCCUCUGUAACACAUGUCUGUGCAUCUCACAGUCAGGCUCAUCCCAAAUAUGGAGACUCCAGAAACAGUCAGUGCACAUGUAACUCACUCACAUUUCUUGCUUUCCUUCAUGAGAAUGAAAACAUAACUACAGCUGACCUUAAUCUGGUCUUGGAUAAAGGUGAUGUGAUGUACAAAGAGGCCAAGAAAAGAUUCCCCAAGAGUAUUCAUUUGGCAACCGAUGAGCUGCCAGACAAAGUUGAUGCUCGCAGGUCUAUGUAUCAUGUCGACAUGACACAGCCUUCCCGGUAUGGGACAUUUGAAGAACCUCCAGAGGAGGCAGUAGAUACCUUUCUCAGCUUAGAAGCAGGACUGAGCUGCCUGUUGUCAGAUGUGCAGUAUGCCUUACUGAUUAUGAGUGGAUUGUGUAUCGCAGUGUUCAGAUCCACAUCAGGCAAAUAUGGUUUCUUUGAUCCACACUCCAGAACAGCCAGUGGUCUUCCUCUACCACUACAGUCACGUAAUCGUGGUACAGCUGUGAUGCUGAAAUUUACACUCCUCAGUGACAUGAUUAAGAGGCUCCAGGAUUCUUAUGAAGGGAUGGAGAUAUCACCCUCUUGUACCUAUGAACUGAAGCCUGUGCAGUUCUACAGUAUGAGCACAGUCAACCUGAGUGAUACUAUCACAGACACAGUCUGCAGAUCAACAGCUGCCACUGCUGUGGCACCUACUCACUCUGAUACAACUGUUGAUGAAGCAAACUCCUCUACUCCAAGGAGAAACACAACCACUGGUCUGACUGAGAACAUCUUUUGUCAAAUGUCCAUUUGUACGCCACUGGUGAAACAAAAAGAAGUCCACAUGACUAAUUUCACAUCAUAUGAAGAUCAGAAUGAACCUCCUAAUAUACCAACUGAAGAACUAUGCAGUGAAUUAAAUUUCUUUCCAUCAAAUGAUGCUUUUUCAUGUCAAUCAAAUGCUGCAAUAACAAAUGUUGCUGCCUGUGAUCUUUCUGAUAUAGUUUUACAAAACUGAAAAGGUUAAUAAACAACAAAGGCACAAAAUGAAAAGAAGAUUAAUGGCAUCAGAGAAACCCAGAAAUCAGAGAAAAGAAAACCAAAAAAGGAAAGAACGACAAAAAUAUGCUUCAAAUAAAGAUUACAAAGAAAAGAAAAAAUCUUGCACAAGCGAGGCAUAUAAAAACAAUCCUGAAGUCAGACAGAAACAUCAACAGUAUAUUAAAAGACGUUAUUUUGAGAAUGAUGAAUUCAGACAGAAACAACAGCAAUAUAUUACAAGAUGUUACUGUGAAAAUGAUGAAUUCAGAAACAAACAAAAACAAUAUGUUAAAAGACGUUUUUCUGAGAAUGCUACAGUUAGAAAGAAACAACAACAAUAUAUUAAAAGACGCUACUGUGAGAACGAUGAAUUCAGAAAGAAACAACAACAAUAUAUUAAAAGGCGCUAC